AUGGCUAGCACCGGCAGUGGAGGACUAAGUGCAAUCCUAAUUUUGAAUGCUGCUCGUGUGGUUCCUCCAAAUGAAGAUGCGAAGUCACCGCUGUGGAGGUACGCUCAGAAGAUUGAGAAGACUGGACAAGGCCAAGGAGGGGAAUACAAAGUCGAAGUAACGCUGAGAAAACCGUUCCGCGCGACCGAUCCAGCUUCUGUUUUUGACAUGGGCCGACAGCCCAGGAAGGGAGUACAAGUGAUCACUGAUAAUGCACCCAACUGCAGAGCAGCGGAGCUGCUGGUAGAGCUGAAGUUCUCUCAUAUUUUCUGGACCCCAUGUGUCGUCCAUAUUUUGAAUCUUGUGUUGAAGAACAUAGCUACAGCCAAGAUCGAGGAAGACUCCCAGUAUGAACAAUGCAAUUGGAUCAGUGACAUUGCAGCAGAUGCCAAUAUGAUAAAGAACUUCAUAAUGAAUCACUGCAUGAGGUUAUCUAUGUUUAAUGAGUUCAGCGAGUUGAAACUUCUUUCUAUUGCUGAAACAAGUUUUGCUUCUUUGAUUGUGAUGUUGGAGAGAUUUCCAUGA